AUGGACCGAUAUGAGCCCGUCCGUGACUUGGGCUCUGGCAACUUUGGGGUGGCGAAGCUUAUGCGGGAUCUUAUCAGUGAGGAGCUGGUUGCAAUCAAAUUUAUCGAGCGCGGCGAAAGGGUUGACCGGAAUGUCGAACGAGAGAUAUGCAAUCACAGAAUGCUAAACCACCCGAAUAUUGUGGGCUUCAAGGAGGUGUUCUUAACACCUUCACACUUGGGGAUUGUGAUGGAGUACGCCGCCGGCGGGGAGCUAUUCGAGCGCAUUGUGAAGGCUGGCCGAUUUAGCGAGGAUGAAGCGCGUUAUUUUUUCCAGCAGCUAAUAUCUGGUGUCGAGUAUUGCCAUGCGUCGGGAGUUUGCCACCGCGACCUCAAGCUUGAAAACACUUUGCUUGAUGGGAACGCUGCGCCACGGCUCAAGAUCUGUGACUUUGGUUAUUCAAAGGUGCGCUCGGCCUUUGACUCGCAGCCCAAGUCCACUGUCGGCACGCCCGCGUACAUUGCACCCGAGGUAUUGCAGCGGAAGGAGUACAAUGGCCAGCCUGCUGACGUGUGGUCCUGCGGAGUUACGUUGUACGUCAUGCUCGUCGGCGCGUACCCAUUCGAAGACCCGGCCGACCCCCGUAAUUUCCGAAAAACAAUUCAGCGCAUCAUGAACGUGCGGUUCAGCUUUCCAGCGAACCUGCAGAUCUCGGCUGAGUGCCAGGACCUCAUCUCGCGCAUCUUUGUUGCGAACCCUGCUCAGCGCAUUACGAUUGAGGAGAUCCGGCGCCACCCCUGGUUCCUCAAGAACCUGCCGGCGGAGCUGGCGGUGUGUGGGACUGGGCAGAGGCGGUUGUGGUGGUUGUGGGAAAUCAUGGAGAAAACGGUCAACUGCCGGCGGGUUGGGCCGGAGUUGGGCCGGCGGGUGCUUGGCAAGGCGGGGGUGGGCUGUAAGGGGGUUGUGGCGGGGGUGCUGCUGGGUGGAGGUUUUGAAGAUUCGGGCACCCGGGUAUGUCGGGUGGAAUUGGUUUUGAUUUAA